AUGUCUGAAGGACAGGACGAUGCUAGCGAAGAAUCCACGACGGAGUCCGUCUGUUCUCGCUCGAGCAGACGUUCCAGCAAUGACACUCGCGUCGUGACAGACGGUGUCCUGCAGGAGAUGGGCAUCUACCACCGAAAUCUGGAACAGCUCGUGGUCCAGAACAAAGGUGAAUUCCGAACACCAGCCAGGGCCAUCGAAAGCACGUCCGUGCAAGAUGGUGCAGCGUCAGCUGAGCCGAAUCGAGCCGUCUCAUUCAGCGAGCCUGCAAAGGAUUACGAGAGCGCGACGACGGACAGCGAUGCUUCAAGGCGGGGCCAAGGGUCCAGGCCCAAAUUGCGCUCGCUGGGCGUCUACCUCAGCCGUUUUCGACUGAGCCGGCGACCGUCGUCUACCCGCAAAGGCGUCAAAACCAUGAGAAAGAAUAGGACCAAGAAGAAACAAACCUCGGACGCCUCGCCGUCGUCAUCCAACCGGCGAAUGCGCUCCACCCUCGGCCAAUCGCUGGGCUCGUUCGGGUUCAUCGUGCUCAUUGUGGCGGGCGUUGUCCUGCUGUUCGCCUACGCGGUCGUCUUUCUUAGUGGUCGGCUGGUUCGGCGACCGGAAAGUCUCGAAGCGAGACCCAUCAACCGGACUGAGGGGUCUGGAUGA